AUGGUAAUGGCGGAAGAGCAAGUGCUGGUCAGCGAAAUUUUCGACCACAUCACGACACCUACUAUGCGGGUGUCGUCCUCAGGCACGAGGCUGAACGAACUGGCACCGAUCACUGUGUCACCUACUGCGAGCUUAACUGCCAUAAGGAACGCCUACGCAGAGGCAGUUGCGAGGCGCGUGUUGGGCAAUCAAUUAUAUAAGAGCAACGAGGGCGUACUUAGCGCUUCGCAGAAGGCGAAAUUUUACGAGAGCAGCCCAGGUGUGAACGUUGGGAAGACUGCCUCGUCGACUUCGGUGCAUAGUGCACCUUCUGUCGAAGGCUAUAUUGUGCAAACUAUGCUCGAUGGGGGCGUAAUAAAGAAUCACAAAGAACUCUGGGGCAAAGAGCCACUUAAAUUUGCGAACGCAACCGUUUCGCGGACGAGUUCGCUGGGUUCAUUGGCAAAUGCGGAAGCGUCGACUGGAGCGAUUGCUGCGCCCGCGCCGACACCACUUAACGCGAGGCAUGGAGCACCCGUCGAAAUAGGAGCGGGGAACGGAGAACACUUGGCAGCACAAGCCUCUAGAGAAGAGACACCACGUAACGAGAGGCAUGAAGCGCCUUUCGCUAUCGGUGCUGGGAAUGGAGCACUCUUGACGGCACAAGCGUCUAGAGAAGAGACACCACAGCAUGGAGAGCAUAUUGAAAUAGGAGAGAGUAAUGGAGCGUACUUGGCCACACAAGCCCCUAGAGAGGAGGACCCGGGGUACGCCACAUUAGAAGUUGUUAUAGACGGAGCUUACUCAGCGCCGAAUUUGAUAGAAACAGAUAAACCGACCGUGACUGGAACUUCGGCCGAGAGCCACGAACGAACACGUUCGUCGUCUUUCCCCUCAAGCGAAGGAACCGUUAGAGAACCUGAAAGGACAGACGCAACUGCUACAGCGAUUGCAACAAAAGAAAAUCAGCGGCCUUGGGUGAAGCAGGCCUCCGCGGAGAGCUUGAAUAGCGCCGCUGACAUCGAUUGGAGCGAGUGCGUGUGCUGCAAGAAGUACACUUCUCCGGAGAAAUCGUUUGAGUCAUUCAUCUGCUUUGGCCUGCACGAAAAGCCCAUGUAUUUUGCCCCCGUUCCUCCUGACGUGGGUGACGUCAUCAAGCUGAGAAUUGCCACCGGUGACGACGUCAGAGAAAUCAUGUAUCUGCCUUGGAAGGAACCAGAAUCCAAGUACAUCCUGCCCGCUGCUAUCGUCACGAGGCACACGCUUUGCCCAAGCACCUUCUUCGUCGCCGUCGACACCUUACGAGGUGGCAUCUGCGGCGCUGCAAGCGUCCUCAUGUUCGACGAUGAGGUCGCCUUCAGCGGCUUCUGCCACGUCCUCGAGACGUACGCGUUCGAGCACAUCGGUUGUCUGCUGUGGAACCAGAUGCUGCACGUCACUAGCGGCAAGAACCUGUUCACCGUGCUGCCCGAGCCCGCAUGUCGGGAGCUGCACGAGAUCUACAAGUUCCCGUCAAACCCAGCGACGGGCAUCCUGUGUGGGCCGGCUCGGUUUUCGCGUUCCGCCUUCAAACGGACCGUCCUGGUGCUCGAGUACAAGAAGAAGUAUUUCGAUGCUCUCGCCUCGUACGACAAGCACGUGUUCGGCUUCAGCCGCAAGCGCUACUUGGCCUCGACCUUGCAGGAAGUCGGACUCGACGUUCGCGUGGCGACGCACAACGAACGAAACGUUUGUGGCUACGGCGGCAUGCAGCGCGACAGGGAGGGUCGCGUGGUGCUGCGCUGGCUCUUCGCCGACGACGUCGAGACAGCCGAGUCAUUACUUACAGCCUGCUGGCAUCGUGCAGUCACGAUGACGAAGUGGACGUGGUGGCCGCGUUCUACCUGCGCUCCACUGCCACGCGGCCCAUCCUCGACAAGUUGAGCACCCGCGAACUGAAGCCCUGGCGCCUGGUGUACACCAAGAGAGAGCCCCUGCACAGCUACGGCAGAGUCGUCUGCCUCACCACUGUCUAGCCCGCUGCUCGUGGUGACUUCGUCGAACCGUC